UCGUGAACGCAGCAUAAAAGAUUUUCGUCGUUCGAAAUUUUCUUUUCGCAUUACAUUUUUCACUCUGUGCGUAUCGGCAGCGAACAAAAUAACGUUCUCUGCACAAAAUAUACAAAUCGUGUUUAAAUCAUCACAUUUUAUUGAAAAUUCUCGGAAUUUUUAAAUCGAUUUCAUCACUCUCUAUAGCAGCUCUGUAUUUACGCUCAAAUUUUUGAAUUUCAAAAAAUUUCCGUCGAUUUAGAAAAAAAAAACGUGACCAGCGCUUCUGACAUCGGACAAAACAGUUUAAAAAAAGUUGUUGAUUUGAAGAAAAAAAUGGUGUGGUGAAAAAUUUGAAGAAAAAAAAACCCGAAUGUGUGCCCUUUUCGCGCUAUUUGUUUGCUGAUAAGAAAAUAUCGUCGACACUCUACGGUACCGAAAAGAGAAAAAAAAAAACAAAGAGAAAGACAUUAUUUGUGUAUGGUGCAAAAUAGACCGCAUGUGAAUCAAUUCAUUUUGUGUGGUGUACACCGAGAGCCUUUUAGCAAAUUUAUUGUCGUUAGGUGUCCGUUUUUGGUCGUGAGCUCGAGAGUGCAUCUCGCAUUUUUGGUCGAAAACUCACCGAUCCAAUAUAACCGAAGAAUUAUUUGCAUAAGUAAGCGCUAUCGACAGUUCAACUAAGCCGGCACCAACAUUUGUGUCCGGUGUGUUGUUUGUGUUUGGUGUAGAGAAAAUUGAACAGGAAUUUAACCAAAAAAAAUUUACCCGAAACGAACCGAAAUACAUUGACAUUGCUUAAUUUUGAACAUUAUCUGAACGUGCAAAAGAAGCCGUGUUUUGUUUUAUUGCCCAACAAAAACAGUGUGUUUUCGUGUGGUGAGUUUUGUUGAAUAGCAAUAAAUCGUGUAUUAUGCGGCAGAAUUGAAUGCUACUUCAACAUUGAUAAAACGAACACAAAUCAAUCGACGAAAGGCAAACAGUUUGGCAGUUAAAACGUAGAAAACGGAACGUGUAUUACACAUUAUUCGAAGGCAUUUUUGGCGACAAUUGUUGAGUACAUCUGCAACAUCAAUAAUUCAAUUCGACUUUGACGUAGAGCGGGCAUCGAAAUAGUUGAAGUAGAAUGGAGCGUGGAUUACAGAAUAUGUCAGAUGCACAUGGAUUGUGUCUGCAAGAUUUCGUAACGGGCGGUACAAAUAAUGGAACGAAUAACGAUCAUUUGCACAAUCAUCAUAAUUUGCAUGAUACAGUAUCAUCAGCUGUUAGUGUAUCAUCGGCAAUCACAGGUCUUAUGUCAUCCGGCAACAAUAGUUUGAAUCAUUUGUCACAUGACACAACGAACCAUCAUCAUCAUCACCACAAUUUGUCGAAUACACCGGCUUUGCAUGAACCAUUGGAAAAACUAAAGCUGUGGGCCGAAACUGGUGAUUUCCGUGAUAAUAGCCAUAGUUCAAUGACCAAUGUUGCAAACAGUCUUGAUAUCAGUCAACUACAUUUUCAACCACCGACAAAUUUGCGAAACAACAAAAACAAUCGAGAUCGAAAACCCGACGGUAAUCGAUCAAUGAAUGAGCCAAAUGUGAAAGUGGAAAACACCAAUUUAGUGAUACACGAUGAACAAAUUGUGGCUAGUGACGAAACGAAAAAUGAUAAAAAGAAUAAACGACAACGUCGCCAGCGAACACACUUUACAUCGCAGCAAUUACAAGAAUUGGAGCAUACGUUUAGCCGAAAUCGAUAUCCGGAUAUGUCAACACGUGAAGAGAUAGCUCUAUGGACCAAUUUGACAGAGGCCAGAGUCAGAGUUUGGUUUAAAAAUCGUCGUGCAAAAUGGCGUAAGCGUGAACGUAAUGCAAUGAAUGCGGCUGCUGUUGCUGCGGCCGAUUUCAAAAAUGGUUUCGGAACGCAAUUUAUGCAACCAUUUACCGAUACAGAUGCAUUGUAUUCAUCAUAUUCGCCGUACAAUAAUUGGGCAACAAAGGUCCCAUCACCAUUGGGUGCAAAAACAUUUCCAUGGCCGGUAAAUCCAUUGGGUUCGGUUGUAACACCGAAUCAUCAUCAAAAUUCCGUAAAUUGUUUUAAUUCAUCAUCGUCAACGGUCAAUAUGAAUUCGAGCGGUAUGUUGGCCGCAACUGGAAUGAGUGCACCAUUAACAGCAACACCAACACCGGGCACAUCAUGCCCGUACACCGGUGCAGCAAAUCCAUAUUCGAUGUAUCAUCGUACACCGACUGAACCAUGUACAGCGAUGUCAUCUAGCAUAGCCACACUGCGAUUGAAAGCAAAACAACAUUCAUCUGGUUUUGCCAGUCCAUAUUCAGCACCAUCGCCGGUAUCGAGGUCCAAUUCGGCCGGUUUAUCGGCAUGCCAAUAUGCUGGCAUUACUGAUGUGUGAGAUAACGGUUUUGGGACCAUAUCAAACAUAUUUUCGAAUCAUUCAUUGUAUUACAUCAACAAUAACAUGAAAUUCAAACAAGAAUCAGACGAUGGUCCCAUGACAUUGGCAAUAUCCAAGGAAACUGACGACGAGGAUGCUGCUAAUGCUGACAAUAUUCCAAACUAAAUAAAAAAUAACAUUUAAAAUACACACACACACACACACAACACACAAUCAAUCCAAUUCGUAAGCAAUAGAGUAUUAAAUUCAUUCAUCCAUUGUUGUUCAAUUCAAUAUGUACACGGUGCGUGACUUUCGUGUUCGUGACUUUAAAGUUGAAUGCUAUUUCUUUUGAGAAGAAAAAUGGCAUUUGAAAGGUUUCCAUAAAAGCUUCUGAACAGUUAUUAGGUUUGUUUGCACACAACUAUUCCUUCGUUUGGCUUGUUCGAAUUGAAAGUAAAAACAAAACAGAGAAACGAAGAAAAAAUGAGAAAACACACACAUUUAUAUAUAUACAGAUGUUUUGCGUUUAAGUUAGAGUUUAACAAUUAUAAAUCUGAAACUCACUCAAAAUAAAGUUGUAAAAUGCAUUGUUGUGCAAUUUAAUUAAGAUUUUGUUUUUGAUGCUGAAAUGCCCUGAUUGUAGCACGAUUUAAUUAUUUGAUGUAAAACGAAAUGGGUUGAUCUAGAUCUAGUCUUAUUUCUUAUUUCAAUGCCAUUGAUUUUAUUUAAGAAUUUUUUUUAAAAGAAAUAUUAAUCGGCGAGAAUAGAUUCUUUUGUACACAAACACUGGCCACAAAAUACAUAAUUUAAAAAAAAUUAUUAUAACAUUACACACACACUGAUUGCGAGAAUAGAAUGAAUAAAGAAGAGGAAAAUCCACAUGAAAAGCCAUUUGAAUACCUUCAAUUUAGCGUUAAAUAUGGUACAUUGUAAGGCUAUAGAGAGUGUAAGAUUUUUGAUCAAAAUUGAUCACAACAAUGAAUGGCUAUUAGAUUUUAUUGGUCAUGGCAUAUUAAACGCCAAUUUUAUUAUUAGAUAAUAGGCCACUAAGUGAAAUACCAUUAAAUAAAAAAAUGCAUGUAUGAUUAGCUGUAAAAUAAGGGGUCAUCAUCGCCACCAUUAUCACCAAACACUUAGUAUUUAUGAACCGGGAAUAAAGUGGCAACAAAAAAUGGCAUUUUCAUCCAUUUACAAAUUUAAGCAAAAAAAAAAGUGCAGACGUUACCGGUACUUACCAUUUAAAUUAAAUUAAUGCUAUAUUGUCAAAAAUUCACUACAAAAAAAAAUUUAAGAAUGACUAAUCAGUUUUUAAGCAAGAAAUAUUUAAGAUUUUCAUUCGGUAAAUAUCACACAAACCAAAACUAAACUGAACAAAAAGUAAAAAAAAAAAUCCGAAGUUCUCAAUGGAUUAAUCAUUUAAGCAAACUUACAAAUUUUAUGGAUGUAAAUCUAGGAAAAAAAGACAAUACUUAAUCGUAAUCUAUAACCAAUGUGUGAAUGUUCUACGUCAUUUUGAAGAAAGAAAAUCUGUUUGAUGAAUAAAAAGAAAACAAGGUAACAUUUGUAUAAUUUGAUAAAUAGAAAACAACAACAAAAAAACUAGAAUGCGAAAUCUUCCGCAUUAGCAUAAGCAGAUAAUAUAAUCGACAUUUUUUUUUUUUUGGUUUUUUGGCGUACAUUGCAUUUGAUCUGACUAAGUUUUUACUAUGGCUUAUAAAAAGAGAGAUAAGUAAAGAAAUGAUAGAAAUCGUCGGUUUUGAUAUCGCGGAAUGUCGAUGUGUAAAUAAUAUCAAACUGAAUAUAUAGAGAUAUAAAUGUGUAGUAUUUAAGUAGCGGGAGUGGCAUGUUUCUAGAAAGCAAACGAUGGAUUUUUUUUUGAAUAUAUUACAAUGACCGGCCACAUCGCGACUCUCUCACACAUACACACACAUACUAUUUUAUUUGACCAGUUCAAACAGAGCGGAAAAGAAAACCAUUGAAAUUAAGUUGAUAUUUUUAUUGAGCAUUUGAAUUGCGGU